ACGCCCGAAAGAUCUGUAAGCCAAAUCAGAUCAAAAAAUUUGAUCAUCGGUUCUCGAGCUCCUAUACUGUUUAGAUUCGAUUCCAAGGUUUUCCAAAAACAGUACAGAUUCUACAGAGAGGAACAGUGAAUCAAGGAUUUCAAGCUUGUCCCUAUUAAAGCAGCACUGGAUGCGUGAAGGCAACCUGUGUUUUUCCUCUUCUUCUCUUUUGAAGGCCUGAAGGAUUCAAAGUUGAAGUCUUGUGGGUUUUUCUCUUUCUGGGUAUUCUUCAUAUUCGCUUGAAAGUAGGAAAAAAUGUCUGGUUCAACAUCUGGAGAGAAACUUCAUGUACUUGCUGUGGAUGAUAGUAUUGUUGAUAGGAAGUUGGUUGAGAGAUUGCUUAGAAGCUCUUCCUUCAGAGUGACGACUGCUGACAGUGCCAAAAGAGCAUUGGAAUUGCUGGGUUUGGGGAAAAAUAGUUCACAUUGUCAGGAGCCGAAGGUGAACAUGAUAAUCACUGAUUAUUGCAUGCCAGAGAUGACAGGAUAUGAUCUUCUCAAAAUAGUAAAGGAAUCUUCAACUUUGAGGGAAAUCCCAGUUGUUAUUAUGUCUUCUGAGAAUGUUCCAACCAGAAUCAACAGAUGCUUGGAAGAAGGAGCAGAGGAGUUCUUGCUGAAACCCCUCAGGCAAUCUGAUGUGUCGCGAUUGCAUAACCACAUAGUGCGGAUGAAUAGUGUAAACUGAUAUUGGAGACAUUUGAAGCUGAAGAGCA